UUGAAAGGUACGGACUUAACGAAACAACGGGGUGCAUAAAUGGAUCAGUUUUUGAGAUGCCCAAUCAUGCCUCCAGCAUUGUGACAGAGGAUUGCCUGGUAUUUGGCUUUCUUGUCCCUGGCAAAGAAAACAAAAGUCCCCGCAGCAUGAUUCUGACAACACCAUGUUUGAUUCCGGGGAUGUAGUUUUGGUUUUCCUCCACACAUAGCAUUUUACAUGAAGGCUGAAAAGUUUAGUUUUUGUUUCUUCUGAUUAGGGAAACUUCUUUCCCUAAUUUUCUUAUCGUUUCAAGAUGUAUAAUACUUUUGAAAAAUAUUUAUAUGUUUAUAACAAAUUAAUACAUCCAAAAAGUAAAAUAUAUCAAAGUAGCUGAAGCAAAAGAUUAAAAGGCUUAGAGAAAUGAAGUAUAACUAAAUUUUUCUUUAUGUCUCUUCAAUGUUGUUGUCAGUUUAACCUUGUGUGCGACAGAAGCAAUUUCAUUGAGGCAUCUCAGUCUAUUUACAUGGCCGGUCUUCUGGUUGGAGCCUUUGUUCUGGGACAGAUGGCUGACAGGUUCGGCCGACGUUUUGUGGUCCUGCUGUCUCUCCUCAUCUUAUUUGUGUUUGGAGUAGGACUCAGUUUCUCACCCAACAUCUAUGUUUACAUUGCUCUCAAAUUUGUUUGUGGCUUCUCAACGUCUGGAAUUGUUGCAAAUGCCUUUGUCAUUGGCGGAGAAUGGAGUGAUUCUUCAAAGUUUGCUCUCUGCACCAUCAUCUGCCAUGCAUUUUUUCCUCUUGGACUGAUGAUACUUUCUGGAAUUGCUUAUUUCGUCCGCAACUGGAGGAUCCUGCAGCUUGUGCUCUUCAGCCCUCUUAUCCUCGUACUGGGAAUCUUCUACUGGAUUCUUCCAGAGUCGGCUCGCUGGCUCAUUACACAGGGCAGGAAGGAGGAGGCCAUAAAGGAAGUACGGAGAGCCGCUAAAGUGAACAACAGAAAAGUGCCAGAGGAGCUGCUAGAGAAACUGGAUGGUAUGGGAGCGAACAAAAAGGGAACCAUGCUGGACAUCUUCAGGUUAUCAUAUUUGAGAAAACGGGCUCUCAUAAUGAGCACUGUCUGGUUUGCGACAAGUCUGAUGUACUAUGGACUAAGUCUCAAUGUUGGCAACUUUGGUCUGGAUAUUUACCUCACACAGUUCAUCUUUGGCGUAGUGGAGGUUCCUGCUCGUGUGGGUAUUUUGCCAUUCUUACAGUAUUUUGGAAGGAAAAUUUGCCAAGGAGGAGUCCUGUUGUUUGGAGGCGUUGCUUGCCUUGGCAUCCUUGUUAUACCAAAAGGUAACAACCUUGGCUUGAAAUGUACUAUUUUAAAAAAAUCACUUUUACCCUUCUUUUUUUUUUUGCUACUAGGUCAUCUAAUGGUUAUGGUUAUAAAAAGUCCAGCCCUCAUUACAGAAAUGCAAUUUGUUUGCUCAUCAGAUCUUCCCGUCGUGAUCACAGUUAUAGCCGUUCUGGGUAAAUUUGCUGCCACUGCCAGUUUUGCCACAGUUUAUGUUUAUACAGCAGAGCUAUACCCCACCAUUCUGAGGCAGAACGGCGUGGGUCUGAACUCCAUGUGUGCUCGAGUGGCAGGAAUCCUUGCUCCCCUGAUCCGUCUCUUGGAUGUUUACCAUUAUAUCAUCCCCAUGUUGAUUUAUGGCACUGUCCCCAUUGUGGCUGGAGGUCUCUGUGUGCUUCUACCUGAAACUCGCAACGCCGAGCUGCAGGACCUUGCUGAAAACAAAAAAUCAUCUGAUGAAAUCACAGAGAAAGGAUCCUGUGCUCAAGAAGAAAAGAGUACAAAAUUGUGAUGUUUUGGAGGUUACUGACAUUAUGACUAUCUGAUAUAGUAGUUAUGUGUUUUUAUUGAGUUAACUGUAGAGUUUAUCAUUUGAAUUACCGUAUGUGUCACAUUUUAUUAGUUGUUACAAUCUUAAUUUUUUUUGACAGUCCAAAGAUAACGGGUCACUUAUAAAUUAUAGUGCUUUUAGUACUUUUUUCCCUUUUCUUUUUAAUGAUAUGUAAAUGUUAUGCAUCUUUGGCAGUUAUGUGUAUUAUAACAGAAAAGCAGUGAAAAUAAAACAAAUUCUGCCUUC